AAUCAACUUCCAAAACAAAGGUUAAGAAGUUACGAUGUAUGGCUAUUGAGAACGAUUGAUGUUUUAGCAUGUAGAAAUUUAUUAGAGCAACACUCUAAUGAGUAUUUAUUGAUUGAUGACCUGGUCAGGGCCGUAUCUAUAUUAGUUAGAAUAGUACCCUGUGUAAAGCUGAUGUGGUACGCUCAAGGGAUAAGAAGUGCGAACUCACAGUAGAAGGAGUUAAAUAGCGGAAUAGAUCAGAGAUGCUGGGCAUUUAACAAGGGCCGACGGUAACCAAGAAUAACUACCAUUCUUUGGAAGACUUCAUAGGUUGGUUUGCAAUUCCAAGUAGGAUUGUGUAGAAAUGGUUAUUGGUGCCAAUGGUGAAGGCUAUGAGGGGUAGAUCCCUAUGAAAUGCAGUUUAGAGAAUAAAUGUGUGGAGAAGGUGUUAAAUAGAGCUAUUGGAAAGAUGAAAUAUAACCUAACUUCAAAAUGCCAGGCACUACCUUAUAAUUGCUUUAUAGUUUGUAUUCAAUACCGCAAAAACGGUUAUGAUGCUUUCACAAUACUAGAUUGCUGGUAUUUGUUCUACUCAUGUUUAUCAUUGAAGUGUUUUUAACAAAUAUUGCUCUCAUGUCAAAAUCAAGUAAAAUAUGCUCCUUAAACAGCAAUCUUAAUUUCGAGCUUUAGAACAUCAUCCUAAGAAAAAAACUACCAUUUACUGACUUAAUACUCUGUCUGUUCCGCGAAGCUCGAUCCUUGUUCACGGAUAUGUCUAAAAUUAUUUGCUAGAUAACUUCGCAACGUUAGCACCCCUAUGUUCGAUCCGGCUUACAAGAACAUGAAAGAUGUUGAUCCAGCACUAUACAAACUUAUAGCAGCUGAAAAUAUAAGACAGAAUGAAUUUGUUGAGCUGGUUGCAAGCGAAAGUUACGUAAGCGUUCCUGUGUUACAGGCAUCCGCUUCAUUACUGCACAAUAGCUACGGAAAGGGAAAAAUAGACGAGAAUGUCGGCAACAGAGGUAACGUUGUCAAUAAAAUAGAAGACCUUUGUCGAGAACGGGCCCUUCGCUUCUUCAACCUGGACAAGAAUGUAUGGGGAGUAAAUGUGCGGCCGUACUCGGGCACAGUUGCUAAUUUUGAGAUUUACAAUGCUCUUCUUGGUCAGAAAGGCAGACUCAUGGGUAUGGAUUUGUUUUGUGGAGGACAUUUUAGUCAUGGGUUUAAAACCGAACAACGAACAGUGUCGGCAUCAUCCGAAUACUUUGAGAGCUGUUUCUACGGGUUGAAGGAUGAUGGUCGUAUUGACUACGAAAAAAUGCGAAAGGAUUUUGUGAAAAACAAAGUUCAACUUCUUAUAGGUGGCGCUUCGGCAUAUCCGGGAGAUUUCGACUACAAAAGGAUGCGAGAGAUUGCUGAUCAGAACAAUGCUUACUUGAUGGCUGAUAUAUCGCACGUAUCUGCGAUGAUUGCUUGUGGAAUGAUGAACAACCCUUUCGAAUACUGUGAUAUAGCGAUAACCACGGUGCAGAAGAUGCUAAGAGGUCCAAAGGCAGCGAUAGUUUACUACAGGAAAAAUAAAAAUGGAGUGGAUAUUGAAAACCUGAUCAAUCAAAGCAUAUCUCCAGGAUUUCAGAAGAGCAUACACUACCAGACCGUUGCUGGGAUAGCUGCCGCCCUCAAACUCACACAGGCUGGCGAGUACAAAGCUUUUGUUGCACAGGUCCUAAAAAAUAUGCAAUCUAUGUGUAAAAUUUUUCGUGAGAAUGGUAUGCAACUUCUAACAGGCGGUACUGUCAAUCAUCUGGCUAUGUUAGAUAUGCGUUCCAUUGAGUUCAAAGGCCGUGUCCUGACAUUGGAUGCUGCCCUUUUUGAAUGGAUUUGUAAUUUCGUAAAUAUUUCUGUUAAUAAAAAUCCAUGGCCAGGCGAUACAAGCGCGCUUCAUCCCAGUGGGGUGAGAGUAAGCACUGUAUCCAUCACAAUACGUGGAUUUAAGGAAAAGGAGUGCGCUCAAGUUGCCUUAUUUUUGGUUAAUAUCGUUGAGCGAGUCGGUAACUUUGAAUUAACAAACGUGGAUGAGAUCAAAAAACGGGUAAAGGAUGAUAAAUGGUUUACCGAACUACGAAACAAAAUAAUAGAACUGGCAAAACCAUAUCCAGUGCCAGGAUUAAAUUUGUUUUGUAGGAUGAAUUGCUAGUUGGUUCAUGUACAAUUCCAUGUUUGGUAGCGUUUAGCUUAUUUUAUAAUAAAAUUCAAGGUACUCACAUAUUUUGGAUACUUUUGCAGAUUUAUC